AUGGCAACGCAGUUUGGUCCUUGUUUAUCUUCUUCAACGACCUUUAUUCCAUCCUCUCAUUUCAAGAAUGAGACAACAGUACUGUUUAACAGAUUGGUGGUUACUCUACCAAGAAAAUCCACAUGGUUGUCUCAGAUUCAUUCAAGAAUCCAUGGGCAAAAGCAUUUCCAUCUCAAAUGCUCAAAUGGGCAUCCUUUGAAUGCUGUCUCUUGGCAUGAUGGUUUCGAUGGAAGUCCUGUAGCCAAAGAACAUCUCAAGCCUCAAGAUAAAGAGGGGCUGUCCAUUCCAGUCUCAGAAGAAGAGAAAGAAAACUCUACUCUCAGCAUUACUGUUGUUGGAGCUUCAGGGGACCUUGCAAAAAAGAAGAUAUUUCCAGCACUUUUUGCGCUUUUCUACGAAGAUUGGCUUCCCAAGAACUUUACAGUAUUUGGUUAUGCUCGUACAAAACUAACUGAUGAGGAGCUCAGGAAUAUGAUUAGCGGGACAUUGACUUGCAGAAUUGACCAGAGGGAAAAUUGUGCAGACAAAAUGGAUCAGUUCUUGAAAAGAUGCUUUUACCAUGCGGGGCAGUAUGACUCCGAGGAAGAUUUCUCAAAAUUGGACAGCAAGCUGAAAGAUAAAGAGGCUGGAAAAGUAUCAAAUAGGCUGUUUUACUUGUCAGUUCCUCCAAACAUAUUUGUGGAUGUCGUAAGAUGUGCCAGCCUUAGAGCUUCUUCAUCACAUGGGUGGACUAGGGUCAUUGUCGAGAAGCCAUUUGGUCGUGACUCUGAGUCAUCUGGAGAGCUAACCAGAUGUUUGAAGCAGUAUCUAACUGAAGAUCAAAUAUUCAGGAUUGACCAUUACUUGGGAAAGGAGCUUGUUGAGAAUCUAUCAGUGCUUCGUUUCUCAAAUCUUGUUUUCGAGCCUUUAUGGUCAAGGGCCUACAUCCGCAAUGUGCAACUGAUAUUUUCUGAAGAUUUUGGUACAGAAGGUCGUGGAGGCUAUUUUGAUAACUAUGGCAUCAUACGAGACAUAAUGCAAAAUCAUCUUCUGCAAAUACUAGCACUAUUUGCAAUGGAGACACCUGUUAGCUUGGAUGGCGAGGACAUCAGGAAUGAGAAGGUAAAAGUUUUAAGGUCAAUGAAGCCACUGCAACUUGAAGAUGUAACUGUUGGCCAAUAUAAGGGCCACAGCAAGAGUGGUAGAUCGUACCCAGCAUACACAGACGAUCCAACUGUGCCAAAGGAUAGUCUCACCCCAACAUUUGCAGCUGCAGCCCUAUUCAUCAACAAUGCCAGAUGGGAUGGGGUUCCUUUUCUUAUGAAAGCAGGGAAAGCUCUUCAUACGAGGCGAGCAGAGAUCAGGGUGCAGUUCAGACAUGUCCCAGGUAACUUGUACAAACGGAACUUUGGAACUGAUUUAGACAAGGCUACAAACGAGCUUGUGCUACGUGUACAGCCUGAUGAAGCUAUAUAUCUGAAGAUAAACAACAAAGUUCCUGGUCUUGGAAUGAGAUUAGAUCGCAGUGAUCUUAAUUUGCUUUACCGGGCAAGGUAUGCAAAAGAAAUACCAGAUGCAUACGAGAGGCUACUUUUAGAUGCAAUGGCAGGAGAGAGAAGGUUGUUUAUUAGAAGUGAUGAGCUUGAUGCUGCUUGGGCACUAUUCACACCGAUGUUAAAGGAACUUGAAGAGAAGAAGAUAGUUCCAGAGCUCUACCCCCAUGGCAGCAGAGGUCCAGUUGGAGCACAUUAUCUUGCUGCAAAAUAUAACGUUCGGUGGGGAGAUCUUAGUGGUGAUGACUCAUGA